AUGACCAAAAUACAUUAUAAGAAAUUAGAAUCGGUUCCGAAAUGGUUCAAGCAUUCUAAACUUGUAUGGGGAUUAUCUGAGCUAAUUUCACAUCUAAGGAAUGAAGAUUGGCCAAAAUUUAUGGGGGGUUGGGCAAUUUACAAAUUAGUAAUUUAUACCCUCGUAGGUGGGGGCUAUAAAUUACAAAAAAGCAGAGUUACCAAGGGAACGCAUGUUAAAUGGUUUUACGAGCACAAGGGACAACGGAGAUACAUUAUUUGGAACACAGGCGUUAGACAGGAUACAAUAGUGAUGUUUGACAGUGACAUGUGCGACAGGAGGCAGAGAACAGGGAACAGGUGGAACAGGUGA